CCCCCCACGUGAUCAUCCUCCCGUGGCUCCCUCGGAGAGCAUCCCCCACCCCACCAGAUCAGCUCGCCGUCCGGCAUCCCCUUCCUCCUCCCCCUCCUCCUCCUCCGGUGGACCGCGCUGCCGUGGGCGCGGAGCGAAGGCCUCCGCUCGAUCCGUCCCGCGGAGCACCGAUCGCGCUUUGAUUCCCGGCCGUUUUGUUGGAGGCCAAGCGGAGGGGAGGGGGGCGAAGCGAGCAAGGAAGUAGCCUGAAGGUGGGGUGAGAUGGGGAAGCAGAGGAACCAAGAUUGAUCCAGUGAAACUGAGGAAACUUGGGACAGCGUUUAAGAAGAAUGGGCCUGUAACUGCUGGCACUUCUUCUACUGCAAGCACUGUACAGUGAUGGUGCUGCUGCAAUUGCACUAGUCAAUGGGGUGAAAGCUACGAACCUUGGCCUUCAAGUUAUUGCAAGGAUAAAAUUUGAGCUGAAGGUCUCAAGAUUCACAAAUAUCCUCAUUCUAGUCGAUACGAUCAAGAAGGCGACAGUUUGGUCACACUUGGAUCCGGCCACAAAAUGACUGUAAUAGAUUUCAUAGAUCUGAGCGAUCAUGAUAUUAUUGACUUGAGCAGCAGCGAUGACGAGACUGUUCAGGAGGAUCAUAUUGCAACUCAGCACCGGGCGGCGUCGCUUGAUAGGCAGACUGUGCAUGUCAUAGCUGGUGAAGGAAUCCAAGAUGUGCAGGCUGCGUUUGUUGCAACUAGUGAAGGAAGGCAAGAUGUGCAGGCUGUGUUUGCUGCAGCUAGUGAAGGAAGACAAGAGGCUGCCGAUUGCGGACAUGCUUUGGAAGCCACCACAUCGUCCUUGGUUACGGAAAAAGAACCUCUUGUUGCAGCUAGUGAAGGAAGCCAAGAUGUGCAAGCUGUGCUUGUUGCAGCUCGUGAAGGAAGCCAAGAUGUGCAGGCUGCGUUUGUUGCAGUUAGUGAAGGAAGUCAAGAAGCUGCUGACUCUGGAAAUGGUUUGGAAGCUACAGCAUCGUCUUUGGUUACUGAAAAAGCACCUCUUGAUAUGGCUGAAUCGCACAACUGUACUCGCUCUCCCACAUCAGCGCCGUUCCCCAGCCCGACUUCUACCUUUCUGAAGGCUCCGACCUUUGAAGGUGGCGAUGCAAAGAUGGUAAGAGGGAAGGUGAAGCGUCCCAGGAAGAACUACCACACCGGUACUCCUAGGACAAGUCCUAGGUUUGAACUGAAGCCUGAAUGUCGGAACGGGCCUCUGGAAGAGCUGCCAGCCGAGGCACUGACCUCUGAAGGUGGCGACGCGGAGCUGGUGAGAGAGAAGAUGCAACAUCCUGGGAAGGAUUACCAUACCGUCACUCCUGGGACAAGUGCUAGCUUUGAACCGAAGCGUGAAUGUCAUAACGGGCCUGUGGAAGAGCUGCUAGCCGAGGCUCUGACCUCUGAAGGUGGCGAUGCGGAGUUGGUGAGAGGGAAUUACUGCACUGCAUCAACAUGUUGAAUAUUCAAAUUCAUACAAAGAGAAGAGUUGGGAUAUUUUUCUUUUUGACACAAGGCCUCCUUUCUUGCUCAUGGAUAACAUUUCUUGACAUGAGAUUGAGCUCUACUCUUGACUUGAGAA